CAGUCGACCCAGCAACUAUCAUUCCCAAGCCUCGGAUAUCCCUCAGCCCUAUGCCCCACAUUCCUCCAUUGCCAAAGUACCCCUCCAUAUGAAAUUCCCCAUCUUCUCCAUGCCAUUGCCGCCAUGUCCGCAGACUUCUGGGCCGGCUAUGUCUCCGGCGCCGUAGGCAUCAUCAUCGGCAACCCACUCGAUCUCGUGAAGACGCGACUCCAAGCUGGGUCCUCUUCUGUGCAGGAUGUGAGAGGUACAUCGACAGCGGUAGUUGCACCGAGGAGCUUUAGGGGGCAGUUUGAGAAUGCCGGGACGUUGGUCAAAGGCGCAACAGCACCUAUCCUCGGCUACGGCGCGCUCAAUGCCCUCCUCUUCAUGACCUACAACCGCACGCUCACACUCCUUGGUGACUCUCCCGCGACCCCAAACUCGUUCGCAAAAGUCUUCCUUGCUGGCGCGACGGGAGGGUUUGCGUCCUUUGUCGUGUCUGCGCCGACGGAGCUUAUAAAGUGCCGCGCGCAAGUGUCGACAGAGAUAAAUGCGACGUCGUGGUCGAUAGCGAAGCAGAUAUGGGCAAAAGAUGGUAUUAGAGGGCUUUACUAUGGCGGAGGGAUAACAAGCAUACGGGACGCGGUAGGAUAUGGGUUCUAUUUCUGGUCCUACGAGUGGAGUAAGCAGGCGUGGAGCUCUCCGGACGAUACGGAUAGAGAAACGGCUUUCAAGGUGCUGAUGUGUGGAGGGUUUGCUGGGAUUAUCACAUGGGUAUCUAUCUUCCCAAUGGAUGUGAUCAAGACAAGAGUACAAACGCAGGUGCUACAGCCAGAGCCUGUACGAAGAAGCGAGCAACAGACAUUGCUCCAUGCGGAAGGACGGAGAAUGCAGUUGAGUACCAUACAGAUCGCAAGACAUGCAUACCAGACUGAUGGCGCAGGCGUUUUCUUUCGAGGACUAGGCAUCUGUAGUGUACGAGCUUUUAUUGUCAACGCCGUACAGUGGGCAGUGUACGAAUGGAUGAUGCGCCUUCUGUAGCAGGCUUAGAGCAAACAUCCGAGAAAGGAGAUUAGAAAUGGCAUGAUGCACACGAAGUUCGAAGUCAUGAAGGUAUGGUUAAGUCCGACCUACUCGAUAGUUCGCAGUUUAGAAUACAGUAGGAAAUUUUGCCGUCCGCCA